ACAGGAACGUAACAUUCCGUCAAUAAACACAAGAUGGCGAUCCUGUAUAGUUGUGUAUCCUACGGGACGAUGGUGUUAGCAGACAGCACAGCUGCCAGCGGUAACUUCCGUGACAUCAUGAGCAACGUACUGUCAAAGAUCCCCACAAGAAACAACACCAAAACAACGUAUACAGUAGAAAACUAUAAGAUCCAUGUUGUUGUGGAAAACGGCAUCAUCUAUAUGUGUGCGGCAGAUGCUUCUUUUGACACAAAAAGACCCUUUGCAUUUCUCCAAGAUAUCAAACAGAGGUUCAUGUCAGGCAGCCUGGCCUCCAGAGCCAUCACAGCGGCACCGUUUGAGUUGAACAGAGAUUUCCAGCCCAUCCUAGCAGAGAAAAUGGAGCAGUUUUCCAAGCCAGGUGCCGGAGGUGACCAGCUGUCCAUGCUGCAGUCGCAGGUGGAUGAAGUGAAGGGCGUGAUGUCAGACAACAUAGAGAAGGUCCUGGCCAGGGGAGACCGCCUCGACAACCUGAUGGAGAAAACUGACGAGUUGGAAGCUAGCGCGGACACCUUCAAGAAAACAGCCAGAAGGGUGAAGAAGAAGUACUUCUGGAAGAAUGCCAAGAUGAUGAUCUGUCUGUCUGUCGUUGUCCUUGUCGUCCUUAUCAUUUUGACCUUGAUCAUCCUGUUCUCCACUGGUGUAAUCAAAACUGGUGGGGGAGGGGGGGACUCUACCCCAACUGUUUCCCCCCCUGUAACUCAACAAUCAGCAAAGUUUCGCCACCUGACUUGAUUAAACCAUCCUUGUGCGCAUGAAUUUUCGUCCCUUUUCAAAAGUUUGUAACCAUAAUGUUUCUAUUGGCACUUGACAGAAAAAUUGUAGUGCAAUAUGUAGCUCUUGGUAAACCAUUACAGAAUAUAGUGUUAUAUUUACACACCACAGUAUUCUGACCUGUCAACAUUUUUGGCAGUAGAGUAGCCAUUGAAAAUUGUAUUAAUGACUGCUUUGUGUUGGAUCAAGAGUUAAAAAACUGUACAAUAUGUUUUCUGACAACACAGAUUAGCUCUCAUUCUAAUUAUGGAGAGGGGUUAAUACAAAUGGUGAAGUAUUUUUUUUCUUUUCAUGAAAAGAGGUUUUUAUCUCUGUUAAUAUCUGAGUUUGUGAUAUAAUGUUAAGUCCUAAGUUUUGAUUCGCACAUGAAACAGAUAUACAUUGUACUGUAUAG